GUACGACUCGGUGUUAUGGCUAUACAAUCCCACCGUCCCUGACACGGUGACUUCACUCAUGUCAGACUCCAGGGACGGAGCGACACGAGUCCAGAGAAUCACACUGUCCGCAUAGGGGUCCCCAGAAGCUACACCGUGGGUGAAGUUCAGCUGAGAGGGAUGGAAUCGGGGCUUAUCACGCUUAGCGAGACUCCGACGGUGAACGGAGUCGACGUCAAUUCCCAUGCGGGUGUGUCGGGUCGAAGGGCUGCGAUAGUUCAGGUUCGCAUUGUAACUUGCCCAGGUCCCGGUAGACAGGGCUAGUAGAGAGAGGAGAGUAGCGGUAUACAUCAAGUUGACAUACAAUAAUAUCGAUGUACUCCGAUGCCUUAUUCACUCUGUAAACAAAGAACUACUUAUAACUUGCUCCACCCUUCAACUCUUAUACCGUCGUGGUCCUCGUGUCCUGGAGGAAGGCGUGACCCUUCACUCAUGCCCUCUGUGCAAGGCCUUCCUCUCGAAUAUCCCGAAGACCAAUGGAAAGAAACACAUUGUCCACAUGUCUACCAGCGAGUGGUUGGCUCCAUCGCGUGUGGUACACAACGUUAGUAAUUGGAUGGAAUCGAAAUGAAAGUGACAAAAGAAGACCGCAGCACUGCUUGUAUACAAGAAGCCAAGCCUCGGUUGGAGUGACAAUGCCGCAAAGCGUGAAUAGGUUGCGGAUAC